AUGGUGAUGCCGCAUCGCUCCUCCUCCUCCGGCAUGCAGAGCAUCCGCCGGGAGCUCCAGCGCAGGAGGCCCAAGCACUUGGCGCCCAAGAGCUCGGUCGCCAUGAAGCCCUCCGCGCCGCCGCCUCCGCGUGAGAGUGCUCGCUGCACGGGCCGGGAGCCACGCCCUCUUCCACCACGCCUGGAGGUUUCAUCGUCCACCGCCUCAAAGUCCCCACCAGGCUCCGCCGCCACCCACGCGCCGCGGCCUCGCCGUCGCUCUUCGCCGCGCCCCACCGUCUUCUCUCCCUCCACGCCGCUGCCGGCGUCUUGCGCCCCAUCCUCGGGCGGUUCCGCGUGCCUGUCCACCCUCGGCGCCGACGAGCAUCUGAGGCCCGGGACGGAGGUUGGUGUCCGCACGAGGACCACGACGCUAAAGACCGGGGAGGCUCUCGUGCUCUGGCUCCGAGCGAUGAUCGUGUCCCCCAUCCACGGAGGAUACGAGGUCGUCUACGACGGAAACUGGCCGCCCGGCGAUCCCUACGGCACCGUCCAGGUCCCGCGCCGACACAUCAGGAUGGUCAAGCCCUCGCCGCCGCCCACGACUCCGCCGCCGUCCCUGCCUCCGUUCAGCGCCACCAGCCCGAGCGCCUCCGCCACCACCGCCACCGUGGCCGCCGCGCGGAAGAAGGAGAUGCGUCCCCAGCCGAGGCCGACCACGGCGGGGAAGAGCCUGCGCCUCAUCCGCCGCGGCCUCUUGCCGGAGAUGGAACGCCAGGCCCGGGCUGACUUGCAUGGAUACUAG